AAAAAAGGAAAAUGCCCGUCGCAUGUAAUAACGAAGAGACGGCGCGCGCGUUGUGGUCCGCGCGAUGGGGGCGUGGACGAAAACCGUAGGAGAGGGACCAAGAGAAUAAGAGAGGGGGAAACAACGUCGGGCAGCAUGGGAAUUUGGGACCGGGUUUUAGAUUUCCCUCGAGCCGACAAUGUGACGGGCUGUGAACUCAAGCAGAUUAUAGCCUUCCUUCUUCCCGAGAAUAGAGAGGUGAUGCCUACCAGCCUGCCUGCCUGCCUACCUUCCGACCGAGGUGCCGCGCCAUGCUUUUUUCCCUAUCACGAAAAAUUAUAUACAUCCAUGUCUCUCUCAUCGCCUAACCACCUUCUAUCUGAUCAUCAUCCGCCCAUUCUCCACCAGAUAUUUCACCUUCGAUCUAUUUAUACAUUCGUCGUAUCUAUUAUUGUUAUUAACAAUAAGAUUACGACUUUGUCUCUUAAUAUUAAUUUUCUCUCUAGGAAGGGAAAAAGAGAGUAACGAUAAGAAAAGUAAGGCGUAG